AUGUACAUCACUCUCUACUACAUAGUCACUCGCCUCCCUGACUCCCUUCGCGUAGUCAAGGACCACUUCCUCUCAGUCUGUCCCACCACUCUCACUGUUGACCUCCUCGAGAAGUCCCUCCUAGCGGCCGAGAAGAGCAUAGUCGCUGUAGGGGCCUCUCAUGGUGACCCGCGCACCCCCAUCUUUGAGGGGUGUUCCCCCUCCCCCCUUCUGCCCUCUGUUGCCUCUGCUGCUGCGGCCGACCUCCUUGGUCUUGAGUCGGUCGGUGCGGCGUCUGCCCUUAGCGGGAGACGCCGCUCUGGCAGGGGCAAGGGGGGCAGGGGCACUGGAGGAGCGAGCGGGGGCGGUGGAGGUGGAGGUGGAGGCGGCAGGGGGAGUGGGGAUGGCGGUGGGAGUGGAGGUGGAGGUGGAGGUGUCGGUGGCGGCAGUGGAGGCGGAGGCGGCGGAGGCGGUGGCGGUGGGAGCGGAGGUGGUGGAGGUGGUGGCGGUGGAGGAGGCGGUGGAGGCGGCGGUAGUAGCGGAGGCGGCGGAGGCGGCGGAGGUGGCGGGGGUGGCGUUGGAGCUGGUCGCGGGUCUACCCAGAGGAGUGGCUCCGGUGGUGGUCCGCGCCAGCAGCAGCAGCGCGGUCGUGAGACCUUGUCCCCUAAGCAGCUCCGUGAGUGGUACACUGCACGCCAGCGAGGUGGGGGCUUUGGUCCGUGCACCUACGUCCUGCGCACCGGCGACCGUGCGGGUGAGCAUUGUGGGGGUGCGCACCCCACCCUGCGCUGCUUUGGCCGCCUUACGGACGCGUGGCGUCACCAGUUCCCGGAGGCCACAGAGAUCCCUCGCUGGGGCGAGCUGUCUAGGGCGGGAGUUGCCAUCUAUGAUCUUGAUUUUCAUGCUAUCCUUUCUGCCAUGUAUGCUGUGUCUAUUAGUGAUGAGGGUGACUGUUACCGGUGUUUCCCGCCCGACCCGGGCAUUGAGACUGCUGCUCUAGGUGCUGGUGAGGCUGCUGCUCUAGGUGCCACUAAGGCUGCUGCUCUAGGUGCCAGUGCGUCUGCGUCCUCAGGUGCUGGUGAGUCUGCGCUCGCAGGUACCGCGUCGGCUUCGGCCUCCCUCACCUUCAUACUUGACUCAGGGGCUUCUCGCUCCUUCUUUCAAGACCGCACCACACUCACGCCGCUUGGUCGGCCAGUUGCAGUCUCCCUGGCAGACCCCUCUGGGGGUCCUGUCCUUACUCACUUCUCCACUGACCUCCCGUGUCUGGCGGCCCCCUCUGGCACCUUGUCUGGUCUUUCCCUCCCCUCGUUCUCUACGAACUUGGUGUGUCCCAGGUAG